CUGAUCUUAGGCAGCGAAAGUAGAGGCGAGCUGUGGGGAGAGAGGAAAAAGUUCUCAACAAGGAGAGGCAGGACUACUCUUACGGAGCCCCUGCAGUCUCGCUUUUUAUGCCUCUAAAAGACUUUUCCUGCCAUCUUUUUGCAUUUUCGCUCUGCAAUACGCCUUUGACGUCUCCGAAAGCGAAAUCCGACUUUUUAACUUAAGUGAAAACACCAGCACCAUGGAGCUGCUCUGCCUCGAAAUGGACACCAUCAUACGAGCUCGUCCCGAUCCGAAUCUUCUGUGCGAUGACAGAGUCCUGCAGCGCUUGUUGACUAUAGAGGAGAGGUUUUUACCCCAAUAUUCUUAUUUCAAAGGCGUCCAGAAAGAUAUUCAGCCGUUCAUGAGGAGAAUGGUGGCCACUUGGAUGUUGGAGGUUUGUGAGGAGCAGAAGUGCGAGGAAGAAGUUUUUCCCUUGGCCAUGAACUACUUAGACAGAUUUCUAGCAGUGGUACCCACCAAAAAGUGUAACCUGCAGCUGCUGGGAGCAGUGUGCAUGUUUCUUGCAUCCAAAUUGAAAGAGACUCGUCCAUUAACUGCAGAGAAGCUCUGCAUCUACACAGAUAACUCCAUCAGACCACAAGAGCUGCUGGAAUGGGAACUGGUGGUCCUGGGGAAGUUGAAGUGGAACCUGGCAGCAGUAACACCGAACGAUUUCAUCGAGCACAUCGUGAGAAGGCUGCCGCUGCCCGAGGAUAAGCUGGCACUUAUUCGGAAACAUGUCCAGACCUUCAUUGCCCUCUGUGCCACAGAUUUCAGAUUCGCCAUGUACCCUCCAUCCAUGAUCGCUACAGGAAGCGUGGGGGCAGCGAUCUGCGGCCUGCAGCUCGAUUCAGCCGACCAGUCGCAGUGGGGUGACAGUCUGACGGACCUGCUGGCAAAAAUUACAAACACAGAAGUGGAUGUUCUAAAAGAGUGCCAGGAGCAAAUCGAGCGCGUGUUGGUGAGCAGCCUACGCGAAGGGCGGCAGCAGCAACAGCAACAGCAGCAAACUCAGAGAGGCCCGAGUGGGAAAGGCCUGGAUGAGCUGGAUCAAUCCUCCACCCCCACAGACGUCCGCGAUGUCAACUUGUGAACCACCAGAGGGCAUCAUUGCACAGGAUUUACAAAAACAAAAAUAGAAACCAACAAAAAAAACUCAAUUUUCUUAAAAGCAGAAAAAAAGAACAAAAUGUAAAAAUGUUAAAAACAAAAGACAGCAAUGCUUGCUAGUUUUUUAUGUGUGUAGAUUUUCUGUUCUACAAGUCGAAAACACCUGCUCGCAGAAUAGAUUUUCGAUGACGUUAUAGCAUAAAUGCAUCAAAUUUGAUCCGAGAUGAAGCUCUGUGAUGCCUUGGAUAUCCAGAAGGGAAGCCAAUCAUAUUUGCAUUCUGCCUGAUUGUAUAGUAUGAUCUUUUAAGUUAUAUUUUAACUAUAGAUUGAUAAUGAGGCUGAGACGGAAACUAUUUGGAAAUUGCAUACACGGGAUCACACUGGGGCUUCUCUAUCGUUGCGUUACGAGUACUGUCACCAUUACUGAACGAGCUCCUCGACUGUUGUGUGCUGAGGGUGCGACUGAGGAAGCCGUGAGACUAUUUGCUGAAAGUGGGUGGAUCGCAUUAUCAGGGAAGACCCGGGAUGAUGAUAAUUAUCAGUAGUAUUAGCAAUUGUUAUUAUUAUUAUCAUUGGACGUAUUUUGAAAUGAAUAGUAGAGAUCAAUAAGCUCCUUUUGUCUGGCUGCUUGUGCGUGUCAGUUUGUGGAUGCAAGCGUGUUUUUGUGUGCGUGUCUGAGUGUGUGAUUCUGUGUCGAUGUUAACAGUGAUUCUACAGCGAAAGGCACUUGAAUAAAGUCGCAGGCUUACAGUUCUGUAUUUAAAGACAGCGGAGCAAGCCGAGGCUACAUAUACUUUCUCCAUCCGUAGAACUGGGCAUCUACGCUACGUCACUGCCGUCGUGCAUUAACAGUGUAUCGUGGUUCAUUGUUCUCCAACAAUAAACCUGUGUGCGUGGACCACGAGUGAGGCGACAGAGGCCGUUAUCUUUCUCGUUUGUUUAUUACUGCCGUUCCGAUAAUGAAAUAUCGCACGUUGGUUGUUCUUUGCGAUGAGGUGUUUCUUGUGUCUGGAUGGAACGUGCACAGCAUGCGUGGCACAUGUGAAAGCAGGAGAGUCUUGAGGAAAGUUUAAUUCUUCUGUGUCGGUGAGCGCAGAGCGAGAUGAGCGGAGGCUGAGGGAGAGGCACAGCACUGGGUGGCGGGACAGAGACGGUUUUAGUUUUUAGUGGUGCAGAAGUUUGCUGCUGUGUAGGAGACGUGGGCGGCGUACAGCCAGUGGCUGGAAGAUGACGAACAAUUAAAUCGGUAUCCGUGGCUGGCGUCAGUACUUACGUCUUGUAACGGAUGCCUACAACGACACACAAAGAUGUUCCUGGUUUUCCGUUUACAUGGAAAUGACACGAGGAAGUAAGACCGUACGCUGCCAGGUCACGCGUUGGGGAAUCUUUUGGGAAGGGGGGGUUAGGGGUGGGAGGUAGAGGAUGACAAUAACUGUCAAAGCUCAUCUGGAGUACCGCAUAGGGUUGUUUUCAACACCCCUGUAUGAUUUUAAUGGCAAAGCACUUUGCAAACAUGCUCCCCAGGAGAUGAUUAAAUUGAAAUGGAUGGUGAUUGGAGGUGAAUAGAUGUUUCAUUUUUUUUUCCUCAUUAGCCUUUUCUUUGGUUUACUUUGAAGGGCUGGUUUCCCAAUCGUCAGUCAUUUGCCUUUAAAGGAGGAGUCAAAUUAAAAAAAGGCUUCCUGCGACUUUCCGUAUAAGCACAUUCCAAACAAAGAAACAAAAAAACAACAUUCCCAGUCAAGCAAAUUGCAAGUUGAUUUAGAUCCUGAAGAAAUAAGAGCAUGAAUUCACACAGCUUUCUGAUCUGUGGGGUCGAGUCGAUUUUCUUUUACAAUGUCAAGAAAUGAUUUUGUUUUUACUUGAAUUUUUCUUUCUAUUUAUCUGCAUCACAGCCAGGGAGGCAGGGCGCUACCAGCAAGGGUGGUCUUAACAUCCAGGUUUGCACAUGUUCUUUAAAGGGCCAUGAGGUUUGCAAUGUUAAGAUAAAGCAACGCCUUUGUUUAAAAAAGAAUUCGUGUCGCAGUGGUUGGUCAGUUGUUGUUUUGUUGUUGUUUUCUUUCCUUUUUGUUUGUUUCUGUUUAUGGUGCUGGCUUUCGUAGCGCCCGUCCAGGCCAGUUGUCUGUCAGUGAACACAUUUCCCCGGUGAGCUUUGCUGCUUCGAAUCAUUAGCAAGGGGAUUCAUCUGCCAGGCAGACAGCAGAACAAAGCGAGACGGCUGAUUUUGUUUUGUUUGGUCACGUGGCUUUGUCACAGCAAGGUGUCUUUGACUUCUUUUUAUUGUUUUUCCAUGACCAUGUGUAACUUUGCUGAGUGUGAAUGUGGGGAUCGGAUGAUUUUCAGUAAAACUGAGCGAUUUCAUGACCCGUUUGCCAAAUCGUCCCCCAUCUGAAUAUUUGGUAUGACCCCUUUAUUUUGCCUGUUUUCCUGACGUAAGCUCUCUCCCAAACUUGUGAUUCUUCCUGCAAUAUGUUGUUGCAUAUGUUCUAUUUUGAGACCACCUUUGUCAAUUUGUGUUUGAUAAUAUUUUACGGGGUGACCAGACCCACAAAGGGUUUUUCUAAGACUUAGAGAUACUGUAUUCCAAAGUGAAGAGAGGACAGAGGAGGACUGAAGACAUCGACAACGACAAAAAAAAAAAAAGUGUCAAUAUUUUAUUGUAUUUUUUGCGCUGCUAAAAGCUAUGAAUUUGUUUCAUUUAUACAAAAAAAUAACAUUACUUAGUUGUGAUGUGUCACUUGAGUGUGCUGCUAUUUUAUAAACAUUUGUAUUAUAAUAUAAUUAUUUUACUGCUUAAGAGAUACAUUCAGAAACCGAAGUAGAUGGUGAUAGAAGAACAUGAAACGAGUAUUCGACUGGAAAUGUUCAUUGUACAGUUUGACCGUUUGCUUAGAUAGCAUGUCUCGUUUUCCCCCUUAUCUAUUUUUGCUCUCCUUCUUCAGUCACAUUCUGCCCAUCAGUGGUAUUUCCGAUACCUCAGGAUUACUGGAUUUUAAAAAACGCAAAAUUCAUCAGCUAUACCUCUGCAGUUAGGGAGCCUGAAACGGUGGGGAAAGAAAAGAACGGCAUGUUUUGUUGCUGUUUUAGUUGGAAAACGACUCGCUCGGUGAGAUGGGGAAACCGGAAAUAUGCAAGGCUUCCACUUGGACUCUUUCGGAGGGGGAGCGCCGUGACGUUGCAACAGCUUCUUUGAGGAUUUUGUACCGCAGAUAGUUCGAGCAUGUUCACUAAUGUCCGUGUUGGUGCUACAUCUGACUGUGUGCAAGCGAGGGGCAAAAACAGCAUUCCUAUGAUGGCCAAAGUACAGUUCUUGCUUUAUAUAACCACAAUCACUAUGAAUGUCAUUAAAUAUCGAUUCUGUAUGUGAGAAACGUGUGUUUUGGUCUAAAGAUAUUGUGUGUGCACCACUGGAACUCCCACAGAAUAAUGGCUCGAGCUAGACCUGUGGCAUCCAGUCAUAAAUUUUCUGGAAGUUUCAAUGGUGUAGAUUUCCCUUCAAAUCGCCUGCUCCCCCUCCUCUAUAACUCAUAUCAUGUACCUCAAAUGUCUGUUGCACAACCUCUGUUCAAUAAACGUCUGCUUUAAAGGG